AAAGAAAAUGAUGAAAAAAUUAAACAAAUAGGUUUGGCAACUCUUAAACUCUUGGACAAUGCCGAAACUGGAUCGCAGGUGGACAAGCUUAUUCAGCGCAUGCGUGUAUCGCGAAAAGUUUUAUCGUAUGAGCGAACAAAAUUGCUAGUAGUUUUGAGGCGAUUUAAACGUUACCAAACUCAAAACACACAGCUCGAUUGCCAAAUGCAAGACGUGAGUUUGAAACAAUACUAUGAGUUGAAAUCAGAGCUGAACCGUAUUGGCGAAAAACUCGAGGAAAAUAAUAAGCGUAUGAACCGGUCGCGACAACAGUUUGAAAACGACGUCGCACGUUCUACCCACGUGAGGGAAAAGCUGUUUGAUUUUCAAAACCGCUUGAUGAUUGUGUUGAGAGAUGUUUGCGAUGUUCAGCAAAAUCUAUAUGCCUUUAAGCAAGUACUUUGUGAAAAUCUUGAAAGAAAGAAAAAAUUACGCAAAGAAAAUGAGAAGCUCAAACUAUAUACUACCAUAGGAAAACUUAAGCCAUGGUAUAAACAAACAAAUAACGAGACAUGA